AUAAUUGCACCAAGCACAAACCGCCUGUCUGUCACUUCCACCAUCACCACCAUCACCAUCACUCCUCAAAACCUGCUUCUCUCUGUCCCAUGCAAAAAUGCAUUCUCAAAGUUCAAGCCUGUCUCCGUUCCGUUUGCCACACCGGCCUGUCCAGACCAAGCGAUAUUGACGGACAUGAUGGAUGGAUACUCCGGGCCAUGCCACAACAUACCGUAUGUCGGACAUAGAGUCGUACACAAAUCGCACGCUUUUGUCUCGCGUCCAGCGCCUCAAGUCCAAGAAUCGCCAACACUGGUUGUCCCGAUUCUGGCAGCCCGGCCCCAACAAUCCUCUUCGUCUUUGAUUGCCCCCUUGGCUCGACUUCAGACUCUUCCAACACAGGUAGGUACCUUUGGUCUUCGCAGUCUACGUAGUACUCCGUGGAUACGGCUACUACCUGGCCUCUUUGUGGCUUAUUGUUGUAUGAUUGAGCUACCCUGCUCCAUGCCGUGUCUAGCCAGUCUCAUCUGGACUGGACCGCCGCUAUUUCAAUGGCAUAUUCUCAGACUCCUCAGUCCGAAGUCCUCACUGCGGAUAAUAUCGCUCACAGAGCCACCACCCCCUUUCACCUCGAGCUCGGACACCACAUCUGCAGUCGCCCAACCAACGAACCCCCCCCCCCCCCGGGGGGGCAUGUCGCCUUCGACUACGGAUUCGGGUACAAACCAUCUUAGUCACUACGCCCCUGGGCCUCAGUAG